GUGAAAAGGGGAGGCCGCUGGUAACGAAAUUGAUUUUUUUCUGAUUUUAGUCUCGUUUCGGUGAUAAUAUGGGUGUUUUACUAAAGUGCUUUUGAGGAUAGUUUUGUGAAUUUAGUAAAGUGUCAUUUAAAUCGGACAAGGAAUAAAAAUAAUCGGCUAAAAACAUGCUGUCGCACCUCGUAGUAAUAAUGGAUCCGCCCACAGUGAUAGUGGAGAUCAGCUGAACUAGCUUUCCGUACAAAUCAGUAGUAGUAAGAACCCGGUAAAGAGCGGAUCGUGGCUUCAUACAAAAUUUAUUAUGGCAGCAUUCUGCUUCUGAACUCUUGACUCUGAACUCUGAGCUAUUCUUGGUGAGAGUUUCUUUCGUAAACGAUCGCGUGUCACGUCGAAUUUCCGUCCGCAACGGCUUAAAUUAAUCCUCCAAAGUGGCGAACUCGUCGGGAAUACGAAAAAAAGACAUGUUAAAAUUCCUCACGCACAAAUUAAAGACUCAGUCGAUAAACGAAGAGAACUAUAAUCAAAAGGGUGAUGAAGAUCAUGACUCUGGUACGGAAAGCGACGAAGAUCUUGACCCCAUGGAACUACAAUCACCUGUAAUCUCAGAUAGAGUGUCCAGCGUCUCACCUGCAGAUACUGGUUGCUCCAUGGAGAGCCCAGCUCCGGACCAACAGGAUCCUCACUCCUCUGAGGAGGAACUGGAAGUGAUCAACAGCAACUCCAAAUGUGAAAGAACCAUCCCGAAACCUUUGAGGGCUGCUUCGGUUUGUCUGCCUGAGAAAAGAAAAUGGUCGCAGAUUGGAGAUCAUGAUAGGUAUAGAAGAGAAAACGAAGAGAACAUGUCGCACUACAGUAACUUAAGUCCGCCAUCUUCCUGCUCGCCAUAUUUGAAAAGUCACGGUGAGGAUGGCCAUAUCGUAGAACAUUCCGGAUCGUCUGACGAUGAGGUCCACAAUCUUUUAGCAAGUAGGACAACCCCAGUGAGAUUCAGAACCUCCCCUCCUCUAGAGGCUGUGAAACCAGGGAGGAAGACUUUAGUGAGCAAAGGGAGUCCACCGUCGAAGUUGAUGCACUACGAAGUGUCGCCGAGAAAACGAUCUAAGCAUGUUAGGAAUUUGCACUUGCAAAGGCCAUAUUUGGAUUUUGAGAAGAUGCAGUUGAAAUCUAAGUCCGUCACCGCUUGGCGUCCAACCGAUGAGCAUACAGGCGAACUGUCCGUCUUUUGCUGGUGAAACAGGCUAAAGGGGCUCGAGCCAGCAAAUCAGCCCCUGGAUUCCAGAAUGACCCCCCGGCCCGUAAGCCUUCCAUCUCAAUGGCCCCCAGAAGAGGCCGAGAACGCAUCAGCGUCGCCCUUGUGUGCUGACAGUACCCCAUGUUGCACCAUUACGUCGGAACAAUCGAUGGCAACGUUCGGAUCUACCAGUUGCUGUAUCGACGCUUACUCUUGCUCAGUUAUUAAUUUAACUGUCAGCGAUCAGACGAUCGGUUGUACCGAGAAUAUGGAUGAAGGCGACGGAUCGUCAAGUAAGCCUAGUUGAACGGAAACGAAAUUUAUUCAUAUUAUACGAUUCGAAACGUGCGUACUGUUAGACCAUUUGAAAAGACUAUGUGUCUUUCAUUUUUUUUUUACUAUGAAUUAGGUGUCGCUGAAAAACUGAUUUGAUUAACGUUACUGGAUGUUAAAAAGUACAUCUUUUAUGUUGAAAGUGUUUCAUCAACUUGGCGUGGUUGUUUAGGCUCAGGUGUAUACACAUUCUUCCAAUUUGAUCAAGUAUGGAUAAGUGGCUUGGCAUCUUUUCCAAACUUAUUAGAUGUCGAGAAAAGCCUUAAGGCUAUAUUUACAUGGAUCGACUGGACCCGAAAAGAUUAACUAUUUCAACAAAUGUGAAUUUAAAAAAAAAUUAAAAUAAGUUGAUAGUCGUACAAAAAGUGCAGGAUGUGUCAUGUGCGAAAUUCAAAAUUCUACACCGUAUUGUACAAUUUUGCUGAUUCCACACUUGUUAUAGAAAAUACUUUUUUAUUUUUUAGUGGCUAGAAAAAGAUAAAUUAAUUAUUUCAGAUUUAUGACAGCGAUGUUAAAUAUUCUACGGUCUAAAUUCGCGUUUAACGAAUGUUCGUUAAUCUGUGAAUUAUGGCUAACCACAGUUUAACCUUAGGGUGAUAAAGGUUAAUUUAUGAAAAACGCAAACCUGAAAUUGGAUUUAUAAAAGAGAUGAGGUUGAUACGGUGCAACUGUAGAUGUUAUUUUUUUUUUAUCGUGGGUAGACCGUAAAUUUUUACGCUUAAAACGUAGAAGAUUAUAAGAUAAAUUAUUAAUCGAGUGUUGCUCAUCGGAUUAAGGACAAAGGUAUAUAAAUUUUUUUAGAUUUACCUAUUUAGAGCUAAAUGAAAGGUCUUCAAUUAUAAGAGUUAUGUAACCUGCACUUUUACGAGAGAUUAUUAUAGUUGAUCCUAGGUUAACCUUUAAACUUUCUGUUUUUUACAAGCAAUUUUUACUCGACACUGCUUCUUGAUUUUUAAAAAAAUAAUAAAUAAAUGGCAUGGAUUAGAUAAUUAUUAUCCCUCUUUUAGACCUCCAAGAAUGUCCCUCCCCCAAUAUAAGUCAGCUCUGAAAUUUCGACUCGUAAGAUCUGAAAUAUGCAAAUAGUACGCUAAGUUCACCUUUAAUAACUGUAAACUUAAAUCCAAUUUUGCAAAUACUAUAUCAAUCACUAUAAUUUUCUUAAACAAGCUAAAGGAUGAGGUUGAGAUCGCAAAGUUAAAAUAUGACGGGCUCAAGCACCUUAGAAUAUUGAAAGGCCUUUCAAUGUUCUAACUCAAGCACUGAUAUUGUUUUUGAUGAAGCUGAGAUAAACAUUCUUAAUGCAGGGUUUAACACUUCUCCAAAAUACAUCACACAGGAAUUUGAGUUUUCGAUUGAGCUUGCCAUUGGUGGAACUAGUCUCCAACAACACCUUGUAAUGAACUCAAUAUCUAAAAGACAAUUUCACAAACCACCGUGACUCUCUCUCUCUACAACACUGAUUAUUAAAAAUUUUAAGACUCUUCCGAAAGAAAACGUAAGGAGCAUUAUAUUAUCCAGCUCUGAUAUCCAGGAACCGAACAACAUACCAGUUUCCUUCUUAUCGAACUUUGUCCUAAAACUUAUCACUACCUUUAUAGGCUUCACCCCCAAAUAUAUACUAGUUUCCUUUGAUGUUAAUAAUCUCUUAAGAAAAGGUCCUCUGAAUAAAACUUCAAAUAAAGUCAUUAACAGUAAUCUCGUGCCUCCUUAAACUGUGCCUUGCUCAAAAGGUCUUUAACUUCAAUUACAAAUUCUACCAAAACAACCUGAUGAACUGAAAAGGAGUAAAUAAAUAUUUAUUCCCUUAUUGGUAGACUUAAUAUGUCCUGUGCUGUCUUUUGGAAAAUGCGUGGCUUCAUCGAUAUGCCCUUACAGACCAAGCUGAUUGCCAAAUGACGAAAAACUCCGCUCUGCGGGACAGGCUUACUUGCAUGGAAGUAGAUCAUCACUAAGAGAGAGAGAAUGAUAAGAAAGAAAAACUAUAGCCGAAAGGGAGGCUAAGGAGGUGCACUUUACACGAACUAAUGCAGCGACUUCCAGUAGACGAAGUUGAAGUUUCCAACAACGAUGGAGAAACCUGAGUGCUUCGAUUUCGGCGGAAAAUCUAACACAAAAGCCAGUAUGACGUUAUUACAUGACAACGAAAACAUAUUGUCAGUAACAGUGUGAGGAAUCAUCUAUCCAAUAGGACCUUAAAUCUCUGUAGCUCCAUCUAACUUCAAUGCCAAAUAAAUCUCUUUCGUUCUGGUUAUUAUGCCAUUAGCGGACAAGGCGAUGUUCAAUCUCCAAUCUCUUGAAGGUGUUUUGCAAAAGUGUAGAGAUCCAAAGAAACCAGAAGCAAGUAAACCCAGGGCCCAAAGAAAUGCCACUAUGGUAGUGACCAGGAAAAAUGCACGAUCUCGCUCAAGUGCGUUUAAGAUAAUCUCAUAUUGGAGAGUGAAAAAGAUCAUCAUCACCUUAAAUGAGGGCCCCAAGAAUCCCCAGGAAUAUUCAGAAGCCAUAACCAGAGGCAGCCAAGAAGUCUUUAAGUAGGGACCACAAAAGUUCCUCGCCAGCAAGCCAAGAUAUGCCAACAAAAAAUUCUAGAGUUGACCCAGAAGCAGUUAUUCUGGCAAAUUAUCCCACGAUAAAUCAAUUGGCUCUAAAUAUUAAAAUGUUUUUUAAAAAUUGUACUGUAACCAUCAGUCUUAUUCAGUCAGUUUUUCAGUGACACCCUUACAUUUGUUUUGUGAUAUAUAGAUAUUUCUAAACCUAACUAUCGUAUGCUUAGUAUUUUUCUAGAUGCUUUAAAUUAACCUUGUAAUAAUGUAUUGAAUUUACAGUGGCGUACGUUAACAACCGACACAAGUGACUUCUUCACUAUGGGUAUAAUUACUUUUCAAACCCAUUUUUACAAAAUUAGUCAAUUAUUUUUGGUAUCCUAACGGCUCAUAUUUCAUAUCAAUUUGUAAAAAAAGAUAAAAGACCAGGACAACUUAUUAUCCUACAAAUAAUGACCUAAAGCGGUACGCCACUGAUGUGUAUACUAAAGUACAAAAACUAUAUAAAAAAAAUUUUGCUUCAAAACGAAAUUUUAUAUUGUACAAGCAUCUACAUGGUGAAAAAUAGAUUUUUUGAAAAACACACACUGCCUUCUGGAGAAACAUUUUACAAAACGGUUUUUUUGGCUUUCAUCUUUACAUAUUAUGUAUACUAUGUAGAUGUUGUACAAAGUUAUGUAAAUUGUAAAUUUAAGUAACACUACUAAGUGUGUAGAACUGAUAUACAUAUUAUGUAUAGCUCUGUGAAAUGACCAGGAUUGUUUUUUUUUGUAAUAAUUGGUAACCGAUUGCGUUUAAAAAUUAGUUGAUAUUUAAUUGGUUAACGAUCUGUUUUGAGCAGCUAAAAGGAACUUCCUACAUCAUUUUGUUCAUAAACCUUUUAAUUUAAUGCCUUUCUUAACAGACUUGAACAGGUUUUGGGGAUGUGAAAUGCAGAUUUUUUUUCAUGAAUUUUUCUUUAUUAUGUCAGUUCUUGUAUUCUUCUUCAACCUCUAUUAAACCACUUCACAGCGAAUUAAUAAAAAAUUAAUUCAAUUACUUGCAAGAAUAAUAAUCUUUUUAAUUGCUUAAAAAGCAUACUGUGUACCGAUAUAUGAUGAAAUGAAAACUAACUUUAAGUUAUAGAAAAUAUUGUUUAAAAUAUUGAAAUAAACCUUUUUCAUUGAUGAAGAAAAAAUGAAGAAAUGAAAAAAAUAAAUGUUCUUGGGCUAAAUUAUUAUAUUAUGUACUUAAACUAUUAAUUAUUCUUAAUCUUCAACUUUUUUACUUUUAAACUACACUGCGUGGAAUUAAUAAGGAAAAUCAAUUACUGACUUAGACAGUAGAAUUAACUGAUGCAAUGAGCAAUAUCUAUUAAUUAACUAAUCAAUAAUUUAUUGAUGUAAAUUACAAAAUAGUAAAAUAUAUGCAGUAUAUAUACAACGUACUAAAUUACAAUGCAUAUCGAGGGCUGGGCGGCAGGAUCUCGUAACCCUUAAAGUAAGAAUUUUACAGGAGAGAAGAAAAAUCAAUUAAAAUACAGAAAAAAAAAAUUCUCCGCGUUUUUGCUUUUAAGUUAAAUUUAAAAUUAAUGCGAAAAUAUAAUAAGAUACAAAUUUGAAUUAAUUUUUAUUUACAGAAACAUUUAUGUCGGUUACAAGGUACUGCAUUUUUAAAAGUGCUGCUUACGAGGUAAUGCACAAAGAACAGUAACACGAAAUUCAUUAAUCCAUAACAUUGUUUAUUGAAAAACCAGUAAAUAAUAGAAACUAAAACAAAUUUUAUGCUUACAAAAUACACAGAAUAUUAUUAAAUAAAAUAAACUUCAAUUCUAAAUAAAACCAAAAAUAUUCUAUUGUUAAGUAAAAACUGUAAUCACAGAAAAUAGAAACUUCGUUAAAAUAUUGUCGAUACAACAAGAUAAUCAUUUUGCAUCAAAAGGCAGAUUAUCGUGAAAUGGCCAACAAUCUUGAGGUAUACAUUUUUUUAUUGCUUGAAGAUGGUCAUACUUCGUUUUGGUUAUUUUAUUUUUCUGUUUAUAUAGGGCGGGAAAUUCAAUAAGCUCAAAAUUUUUGAUUUUAUUUGGACGAUUGAAGAUAUCAUAAAAUAAUUCAUCGUUAAAAUCCAGUUUAAAUUUGAUAAGACCUCCAUAAUACUCUAAUGCUCGAAUAUCCGUCACAAGCGAGGUUUUUGAUGGUUUUAUCGACCUAUAUUUCAAUAGGUCUUUUCUACUAAAAUCCCUAAAAAAAUCGAAAUCUUUCGUUUUUGCCACGUAUGGUGUCGAAUGUCUGGCUUCGCAUGUAAUUCUCAAAUAAUCACUAGGUAAGUAUAUUUCUUUGUUUUUAAGUCGCUUUUCUAUUGCGCUAUGCACUGAGUCACACUCCAUUUGAGUAUGACCCUUUUCAAGGAAUUUUUGGGUGAUUUUGAUAUCAUAUUUUUCACUCAGGUAUAAUAAAGCAUUGGCCAAAAUCGCAGUUCUAUUCUGAGCAGUACACCCAUCGGAGUAUAUUAUAAGAGGGUUUUUUGUCACCACCACUAAGAAAUUUUUCUUCAAGAAAAUCAAGCAAAAAAGAUGCGUAUGUUGAGGCCUGUCCAUCUGCUUGAGUUUCAUUAUACCAAUAGCAAACUACUUUUUUAGUAGCCAAAUUGUAAAUAAUGAAAUUGUGAGAACACAAUUUAGUUUUGUAAUACAGUGUACUCGCUGCAAUCUGAGGCGAUAGCUUAACAGCUUGUACAUCCAUUGUAAUAACGUUACAUCUUUCCAAUAGUGCAUCUGCUUUAUCUUUCUCAGCUCUGGCCCUAUUUUUCGCAUCUAUGUGCUUAUUGUAGUCUUCAUCAGAUACGUUUCCAUUUUUAAACAUAAAAGAAAGAUCGCACUGAUCCUUUUGAGGAGAAAAAAUAGCAAUCUUCAUUGAUGUAGCAACCUGCCUUAAUAGCUUAAAACAAAGAGCUUUACGAUUUUCAGUCUGACAUUCCUGUUGGUAAACUUUAUACAAAUCGUUCCAAGACUAAAAAUUUUGCUCUAGAUAAAGCCUGUCUGUAUCCUUCCUACAGUAAUGGGAUGGUAAUUUAUUUAAUUUAAUUAAAAAUGUGUCUAAAAAUUCUCUAUCUUCCUUAAAAAUAUCUAAACGCUUCACUUGGGUAUCACGUGCUUUUACUAUCCUAUGAUUUGCCGAUAAAGCCCAAGAUCUUGCAGACCAUUCUCCUAAGCUUAAAGUAUUAAGAUACAUUGACUUACAAACUGGAAGGUGAGCAUUGCUUAAAAUAAGAUGGUAUUUCAAUGUUAUGAACCGUCUUGAAUUUUCUGUUUCAGGCCUUUUCCUGUCACAUACCUUUACUGUGGUUGCUACAAACACUUUUCUUUGUUCCCAGGACAUCUCUGACCAAAAUUUGGAAAAAAUAUUUUUUCUAUCAUCAUCCGUAAAUUUUCGGCACUGUUUUGAGGGAUCUUUGCAAUUGCAUCGAGGCUUUAGACGUCUUUCUUCUCGUGGAGUAUCAUGAAAAGUAUUGUUUUGACCCCUCGGUUUCCUAAAUCCAAUGUAUUUCCCUCCACUCAUUCUUUGUUUUUUGUUGACUUCUCUUUUUCUUUGGACUUUGGUCCGUUUCUUUAUUUCUAAUUGCGUUUUAUCUUCUGAACUGGAGCUGUUUUCUAGCACACUAUCGUCAGGCGUGUUCGUAUCUUCAAUCGCGUCUCCUGUGGCCAUUGAUUCUGGAUCUGAUUGAAUUUCUGCGUCUAUCAAACUUAUUUUAUCACUUUGCCGUUCUUUUGGCGUUAAAAUUUCGAUCUCAGAAGUCUCUAAAGUGCUCUCUGGUUGCUGCUGGGAAAUACAAAGCUCAUUUCUAAGAACUAUCCCUUUUUGAAUUGCGUCUUCCAUCAGGCAACUUUUUUGUUCUUUUGGGUUUUCCUUUAUAAUUGAACUUCUCAUCUCAGAGGUUUCCAAAGUGCUUUCGAGUUGAUGCUAGGACAUGCUAAAGUCAUCUGCAAGAACUAUCUCUGCCUCCUGGAUCAUUACCGCUACAUCUUCGGGACUUAAAGCUUCAGCAAAGAUAUUGAAACUAUUAAAAGAAUCGCUUAAAUUGGCUCUGCCUGGGAGAUUUUCUUGAUCUACGCUUGGGCUUUGAAGAGCCAGUGCAUUCAUCAUAAUUUUUCUUGUUCGGCUUGACAUCUUUAGCUGUCGUGUGGGAAAAUCAGCCUAUAAGAGAUACACAUGUGUUAGUAUAUCUAGUAAAAUUGUAGUAGGAAAUCUAGUAGGAAAAGGUGGACAUUCCCACACGAUCUUUAAAAUUGCCUUUCGAGGCACAAGCCAAGGCUAGCAAAACAAAGUUUGAAAAUGUAUUAAGUACCUUUUCUUACGGGGUAUAGCUACAUACAUACUGUUUUUCCAAAAAACGUAAAAGUUCUUAAAAUAGAUACUAUUUUAAAAACACUAGUUUCUCCUUAUUCUUUUAAUUAAUUUAUUGUUCAAAAUAUUUUAAUUUUUUUCUUAAAAUCCUAACAGUAAUUUUCUGUUGCCAGGCAAAAAAUUAAAUGGAAGAAAAUUUUUCUUAGCAAAAAAAUAACUAACAAUGGCAGUAUUUCUUAUCGGCUUUUAAAAAAACUGUAGUCUUAGGCAUAAUAUAAAGUUUUACUUACCUCUGAAGUGCAGAAACACAAAAACAGUACCUCGUAACCACAAUAGGAGAUAAUAGGCAGGACCUCGUAACUGAAACAUCAAAAAAAUGUGACUAAUUACUAGCAAAUUACUGACUAAAAUUGCCAUUAACAUUUAAAAUUACAUUAGUUAAACGUACAUGUUUCCAAAUAAGAUCACACCAUGUAAAAUAAAAAGAAAAUUCAAUGAUAUAAAAGAAGUUAUUUUGGACUUACCUCUGGACACCACAACCGUUUACGGGAAACUGAGCGGUUACGAGGUAAUGUGGACAAUUUGCAACAAUUUGGCGCGAAAUAGAUACGAGGUUAUGUUUUCUUUUAAAUUCUGCUUAACGAUUUUUUUUUUGAGUAUUUUUCAAUAGAUGGCAAGACUAAUUCUGAAAAGAAAUAUAUCAAAAUCCCAUUUUAAUAAAUUUUGCGGGUUUCGAGGUCCUGCCUUCCGGCCCUCGAUAUAUAAUCAUUAAAAUUUCUAAGCACAUAGUAACAUUCAACUUUAUUCAGGUAACAAAAGUAAUUUUUAAAGAGUUUUCCUAGGUGGUUGAGGUAUUUUUUUUCACGUACUUGAAAUAAUGCGUUAAUAAUUUUUUAAUUGUAAUGAAAUAAAGUUGAGAUAAUAAAGCAAAAAAUUAAAAAAAAAAGAAUCAAAUUUUCCAAGAGGUUUUAGUUCUUGAUACUUGAUUGAUUUAAAAUAGACACAAGUUGAAAAAACCCUUUCUCUGAUCAGAUUCAGGGCAGGCAGUAUAUACUAGUAUGUUUAAUACAUGUUUAAGCCUUUAAAAAAUAAAUAAAUAAAAACUUAAUUGAUUUAAAGUUUUAUUUUUAUUUAGAUUAAAAAAACAAUUUUUUCUAUUAUUUUAUGAGAAGAAGAAAUCUCUUCAAGGAUUGAAGUAUUUUUAAAAGUAAUUUUUUCUUCCAAGAAGUCUAUUUUAGUUUUAUUUUUUAUUAUUUCUUCAACUUCCUGUAUACUUCAUUACCAAGAGAUAUUCCAACUGUCUCAGUCAGGAAAAGAGCAGAAAUGUCAGUUAAGGUUUUUUUUAUUGAAAAAUGCUUUUUCUUUUUGAAAAAACCCCAUAUGAUUCACAAAGGGAAACAAACCUUAUGAAUAACAAAAAAAAUCAUGUUCCGAUUAAAACCUCUCUAUUAUUGAAUUUAAUGAAUACAGGGUGUUUCAGAGCUGUGGCAACAAAAGCCCCUAAUCAAAAUAUAGUUCAUAAUAAUUUUUGUUUCAUGAGAAUUACAGCCUGUUAUGUUAAGAAAAGCAUUAUUUAGAAUCUUUAUUUAUUAAACACUUGUUUACAUCACUGGUGCUAAAUCUAUCCACAUAGAGCAUCGAAAACAAAAAAAAAUAUCUUACUUUUUCGAUAAAAGUCUUAAGUUUAUUUACUGUUUUGUUCUUACUUGGCAUUAUCAUAAUAUAAUAUUUAGACGUUGUUGUGAUCGUUUCGGGUUUUUGAUAAAAAUACAGCAUAGAUGAAAGAACUUUUGAUAAGACUGGUAAAUUAUAACUUAUACGUUUGUUUGCGGUUGGCUGUAUUUUAUCAAUAUGCAUGACUGUGAGUUCUACAUAAGAAUUUAAUAUUAUUUGUAACUUUUACCAUUGUUUAAUAUCUUCCGACCAAAACGGGGGGGAGGGCAAAAAAAAUAAUCUAAAAAAGGGGUCCAGGGAUUAUAACACUAAUAACAUUAUAUCCAAGUUAAAACACUAAUUAUUGGUAAUCUAUGUUGAAUUGAAAAUGAACAUUAACGAUUUCAUAGAUGACAUUUUUGUUUAAUAUUUGAUGUAAGAUUUUGCAUAAUCCUUAUAGCACUCAAGGUGUAAAAUCGUAUUGAUCUCGACAAUGAAGUGAAGUAAUUUUAAGUUUGCUGAGAGUCUGAUAAUUAAGACAUUGUAAGGAGUCGUAUGCAGGGAACAAAUCUUCGUUUUGUGGGACAUAAGCAGUUUAAACUUGUCUUAUUUGCUUCAUAUUCACGUUCAGUAAACCAAACAUAUUUGAUUCUCAAUUUCGUUAAAUAGUAGUUAAGUCUCGAAUAAAAUAUGUACCCACAAAACGUUCACAGAAUAUCUGUGCAAGUUAGUGACAUUGGAUGUUUAACAAAAUAAAACUUGUACCUAAGAUUUUAACUUUAGAAAACAAACGUUUGUGUGUAUCUCUAUUAUAUAACAUACUCUAUUAUUGUAUCUGAGAGUUCAAAAAGGGCUGCAGAAUUAAAAUAAUAGAAAAAGGCUUCAUUUUUUUUUAUAUACAUUAUAGUUUGUUACGUAAUGUACUGUUAAAAAAAAGUCUUGUAAAUAACAAGACUUUCUCUAUUAUUUUUAAGUUGAUAGAAGUUUUCCGAUCUUAUAUUUACUUUGUAAAACAAUUUUCUUUCUAUUGCCUGGGGGUCUACUCUGUUAUAUAUUUAAAAAAAAAACAAACAAUGGAAAAUAACAGUUUUGUAGAAUAGAAUUCGUGAUAUAUUUGUUAAGUAUUGUUAGCACAUGUUAUUGUGCGCUUAAUAAAACAUUAUUUUUUAAUUUUUGUGAUAUAGGAAGGUAGUCAUAUAGAAAUCCGUUGAAAUACUACUUUACAGUGGCGCCAUUUUCUGAUUUUACCAUCGACUAAAUAUCAAAAUAAAUUUUACUAGCAAAUAUUUUAGAGUUCUCUGUACCUAUAUUAAUAUAACAUAGUCUUAUAGGUUGCAGAGAGGUCUAUUACUUACAACUUAGGUUGAAAAUAGUUAUUUCUAUAUGCCUAAAGAUAUCGCACAUUUAAUAUAAGUUGCAAUCAGAUAAAUAUAUUAAUUUUAAUAAAUUUAGAUUUUACAGUCACUAUUUGACUUAAUAAAAAUGUUUUAUAAAUUU